AUGCCAAAAAACUCGCCCAAACAAAUUCCUAAAUUCAUGAAAGCCAUCCAGUUGACUCGGGAUUCGGCUAGUAUGAGUCCUGUGAUAGCAUUGAGAGAAGAUAUCCCAGUUCCAGCUGCAGCGCCAGGGCAGUUGUUGGUCAAAGUCCGGGCGUCAGCGAUCCAGCCUAGUGAUCUGUGGAAUGCACGCGGCGGAUUCCCAUAUACUACGUAUCCACGAAUCCCAGGGCGCGAUUUUGCUGGGAUUAUUGCAGCGGGCCCACGCUGUGGCGAAGAAGUGUACGGAACGAGCGGUUUCACGCACGCAUUUACGGCGGACGGGUUCCACGCCGAAUACUGUUUGGUGCCAGAGGACGCGGUUGCGCCAAAACCGAAAAACCUAUCGUUCACACAGGCGGCGAGCGUGGGCGUGCCACUCACCACCGCUGCGCUGGUUUUACGCAAGGGAUUUGCCAAGUCUUCAGACGUGGUUUUCGUGAUCGGGGCUUUUGGCGCAGUGGGUUCUGCGGUGGUGCAAUUGGCAAGAGCUCAGGGCUGCACAGUUCUCACCGGAUCGCGCGAUGACAAUGCAGACGUUAACACCAAAGUUGACGAAAAUCUGGAAGGUUUGGCGACUUUGACGCAAGGGCGUGGAGUCGAUCUUGUGAUAGACACGGUCGGAAUUCCUGCUUUGACGAAAGCAGCCAUUGAGAACCUGGCCCACAGUGGGAGAAUCUCCAUUAUCGCCGCUCCUGGUGACGUGGAUUUGGUAGUGGACAUGAGGAAUUUGUAUCGCCAGGAGAAGACGUUGAUCGGGUGCAAUUCUUUGUCCUACAGCGUGCAAGGUAUGGCACAGGAGCUGGCGGCCAUGACUUCCAAGUUUGAAGAAGGCACUUUGGUGCCAGGGUCAGAAGAUAUAUGGACCAAGAUCGGGCUAGAGCAAGCCGUAGACGUUUGCAAAGGAGUAUACAAGGAAGUAGGUAAAUUCGUGAUAGUCAUGGAUUAG